GUAGAUCACUCCAAAAUGCCGCCACAAACAAAGGACGAAGAAGUUGGUCAGAGGGAAGUAAAAAUUCCUGAAUGGGUCAAGCCAGAAGCAUUUCAGGAUCUAUUAAAAAACAAGAUCAAGGAUUACAAGGAAACCAAAGCUCUGAGGGCAAAAGCAGGUGUCGCUGCUGGCGAGAACUAUGCCACCGUAAUGCUGAGAGUGGAACUCGAUGUGGAGACGAAAGACAAAACGGAGGUGACCAAAGCGUUCAUGCUGAAAACUCCCCAUCAUUCUGAUGCUUAUCGCAGACUCCUAGAAAGAACUGAUAUCUUCGACGUGGAAAGAGGAAUGUAUCUGGAAGUGGUUCCCGAACUCGAGCAACUUUAUCGUGAUGCUGGUCUAGAUGUAAAGUUCGGGGCAGAGGCCUACGAGAUAGAUGAGGACUACUAUGUCCUAUUGGAGGAUCUUAGACCUCAAGGAUUCAAAAAUGUCGAUCGCCUUCAAGGUUUGGACCAAACCCAUACCGAAAAUGUCCUCAGAAAGUUCGCUCAAUGGCAUGCGGCCUCUGCAGUUCGCGUGGAUCUCAAAGGACCAUAUGAAGAGAAGUAUACCAAUGGAUUUUUCAGGUCGGAAGAAAUCAUGGAAACAUUUAAUCGCAGUGCUAACAACUUGAUAAAACAUAUCGAACUGUUUAAAGGACAUGAGGAUUACAUAAAGGAUUUGCACAUUGUCUCAGGAAAGUUAUUGGAUGUAUUGAAUGACAUGAAGAAACCAAGCCCCGACGAGUUUAAUGCUCUUAACCACGGAGAUGGUUGGUCUAAUAACAUUAUGUUCCAGUACAACGAUAAAAGCGAGAUAUUAGAUACAUAUUUCGUUGAUCUACAACUUCCAAAAUGGGGAACCGUAGCACAGGAUUUGUACUACUUUUUACUCUCAUCAACCAACCUGAACAUUAAAAUAUCGAAAUUCGAUUAUUUUAUUUGGUUCUACCACAGAGAGUUGGUUAAGCAUCUAAAACUACUGAAUUACUCGAAGACGUUGCCCACUUUAAGGAGCAUUCGCAAUGAUCUGAACAAAUACAGUGCUUGGGCCUUUGUUUGCUCUGCAUGUGUGAUGGGAUUCGUUCUACUGGACCCCAGAGAUGAUGCUGAUUUCGAUAAAAUCGUAUCAAAAGAAGACUCCAGCUUUUCAAAUUCCCUUUUCACCAAUCCCAGAUAUCGGAAACAUAUGGAAGUCCUACUGCCUUGGCUACAGCAAAGAGGCGCCCUUGGGUAGAACUUAAAUAAGUAAUUUUUAAAAUAAUUUUAGUUACUAUAAAAUUAUGAAAAAUAAGAAAUAUAUUCAUGGAAUUAUGUAUUUUUAUUAAAUUCACUUGAUUUAUGC